CCUCUCUGCACCACCAAAGUCACUGUACUAAAAUCCCACAUUUGGAUAACAAUGAGAAUCAGAAUUUGUCAAGGUCCCCUCCUGCAACUGUGAUUGUUGGAAUAAGAAGGACAAGCAAUCUUGAAUACAUACAUAUAGUAUAUAUAUAUAUUAUAUACCCUUACUCAUCUCUUUUGCUUUGGGGUUUUUGAGCACAAACCCAGAUGAGAGGAGCAAAUUAAAGGGUCCCCUCCAAACUAAUUCACUCUCUCCUUUUUCCUCGUAACAGAGCCCAGAGAAGAUGCUCUUUCCAUGUCCUUUUCCAGUUUGGAAUCUUCACAACAUACUCCAUACCCUUUUUGUUCUUCCACCAUUCAAUCCCAAUUACUUCAUUAACUACCUCGAAAUUGCUAAGCAGCAUGGUUAACAUACAUGGGCAGCUUCUGGAGACGGAGGCGAACAUGCCGGCGGUGGCUUCUUCCAGAAACACCACACAUGAUUCGUACAUGACCGACACGAACUUCGAUGCAAACAUGGUGAUUGUACUGGUUGCUUUGCUGUGCGCGCUUAUAUGCGCUCUGGGUUUGAACUCAAUAGUGCGAUGCGCUUUGCAGUGCAGCCGGAGGUUGGUCAUGGAGACAGCGGCUAGCCAACCGGCAACAGGGCUGAAGAAGCGACAACUUAGACAAAUCCCGGUGGCUGCUUAUGGGGUAGACGUUAAUAUAUCUGCAACUGACUGUGCUAUUUGCCUUGGGGAGUUCAUGGAGGGUGAGAAGGUGAGGAUACUGCCUAAUUGUAAUCAUGGUUUCCAUGUGAGCUGUAUAGAUACGUGGCUGAACUCCCACUCUUCCUGCCCGAAUUGUCGGCAUUCCUUGCUUCAACGAUCGGGAAAUGAGUUGGGUCAACGAGGCAGCGUCGAUGUAGUUGUUGAACAGGGAGCUUAAUUAGCUUUUGGUUAUAGACUUGGAUAGUAGUUCACUAGAGGCUUUCUGAUAAUCCGAAGUUGCAAAACCCAUUGAAGGAUUUUGUGAGAAAAGAGAUGUAGCAGCAAGAUUUUUAAUUGUUCGUAAAAUGUUUAAUCCAACUUCUGUUUUUCCCUUCCGGUUACAAGACGGGUCGAACCGAGAAGGAAAAUUUGGUUCA